AUGUCUGCCGCACAAAACAUUCCCAUCCGUCAGCGCGACGACCCCUCUGCUGUCACCAACAGCUUCGACCCCUCCACCAGCCCUACCCAAACCCAUAUCUCGCCGUCAGCGAGCUUCAGCCAUCGCUCCAACUCUCAGUCCGUCUCUGCAAAGCAGCUGAAGCCCUUCAACACCCAAGAUGUCAAGGUCCUGCUGCUUGAGAACAUCAACGUCACUGGUCAGGACAUCCUAAGACAACAGGGCUACCAGGUUGAGGCCCUCAAGGCUUCGCUACCCGAAGACCAACUCAUUGAGAAGAUCAAGUACGCUGCAUCCCAUGCCUACGCCUUUCCUCUCUAA